AUGCAUACCAGCUUGGACUCGGCCCGCAACCUGCAGCUGAUGCAGAAUCGCCUGCUCAAGGGCACGUCGCUGCAAAGCACCAUCCUGGGAGUCUUCCCCAAGACGCCCGACCCCACCAGCGACGCGCAGGACUUGCCGCCUCUGCACAGAAUUGGCACCCCUGCACUGGCAGUUCAGGUCGUGGGCAGCAACCGGCCCAAGCCCCACUAUACUUUGCUGAUCACAGGCCUGUGCCAGUUCCAGAUUGUGCAGGUCUUAAAAAAGAAACCCUAUCCCGUGAUAAGUCUUGGCACAGUAGAGACAAACCCUGAAGAGGCCCAACUCAAAGGUGAAAAAAGGAAAGAACUCUUAAAAGUGCUGAGGAAAACGUGGUUGCCCAAGAUUCGAUAUCUCGAAAAACCUUUCUCAUGUCUUACAACAGCUAGAAGAAAAGAUCUUAAGCAGCUAAAAUCUCACUUACAACAUUGCAAGGAAAGUGCUCCGGGAAAGUCACUUAACAUGUCUCAGUCAAAUAGCCUUUAAGAUUUACAGGCAUCUCAGAGGAAAUCUUUAGAAGAAAAGCAGAAGCAGUUAGAACAGAAACUAAAGGAGUUAAGAGACUUGCUGAAUGUAGGAAGGCAAUAACAAGAAGAGGAAGUCAGGUGAAAAGAGGAAGAACUGAGGCAAGCAAUGGAGAUGCCCCAUGAGAUUUGGCGGUACCUGGAAAAGUCAUUUAAAGAAGCCAUAGAAAACAUGUUGAAACAAAUCAACCCUACAGAGCAGACACUGCCCCACCAACAAAACCUCCAAGCUACAGAGUUGGUGAGGUCAGCCUCUGGAGGUCUGGCCCUGCAGGGAAUUUAUAAAACUUGCUUCCAAAGAGACCUGCUGGAAAGGAGAGAGGAGCUACUCAGUGUUCCCAAACAGUUCUCACUCAUUGGGCCUGAGCACGGCACAUGGAUGGAAACAAGGGAAUUUACAUCUUCUCAAGAAGAAUCCAUCUUCACACAGAAAAUAAAAAGGCUGGGAUUCAGUGCAUCUGCCAUAGGCAAAGGCAGUGGUUGGGGAUGUAGUUUGGAAGAUGGAAUAGAUCACAGAAAACAUUCAGAAUCCAUGGAAACCAAGCAAUUGCACUCUGAGCACUCUUAUUUCUGCUCCACCAAGUUCAUGUAUGUCCCGCUGGUCUCCUGCCACUUUCCCCAUGAUCAACUCCAGCUCUCCAAGGCAGCUCUUCAGGAACUGAAGUGCAUUGAAAACCUUCUCAGUCACCUUACAGGCCCAGACAGGGUCCAUGUUCUGAGGAGCAGGACUGAAAAUUUCUUCCAGAGGUUUGGCUCUCAUGCUAAUCAGGGUCCUCUACACUUGGGAGGAAUCUACUGGUGGAAGGCCGUUUCACAAGGUUUCCAAAGUGAGCAGCUGAUGAAAGUAAAACAGCAAUCAGUAGAAAUGCUAAAUGCUUACAUAAGAGACAGCUUCAGUGACUUUGGCGUGACUGCUGCUGCAGGAGAUUUGUCUUCCUCUGAUUCCUACACAACCUCUCAGGAUACAGCCUCCAAAACCCUCCAAACAAGGAUACAAUUAUCUAUAACCCAGACAGGUGGCCCACUAGAAACAAAUAACAUUAUUCAGUGGAAAUCUGGCCUCGUUGCCAGUAAUCAGACCUGGUGCAUCAUUGACAGGGGACUUCAAUUGGUACCCAUUUGGGAAAUCAUUCUGGCCAACCAUGAAAAUGAUUUUAUGAAUCAUUUUCAGGUAGCUACUUGCCUGAUAGAAAACUACAAUCACUUGACUAGAAUCAAUGCUCAGAUGCCAGCAGGAGAAGAUUUACUGAGUGCUCAAAAGGAGGCUACUGAUUUCUUAGAGACUGUGAAAUCCUGGGAGGUAUCUGAACCAGAAGAACAACUUAAGCAACUGAUAGAUUUCAUGCAAAUGUUGACCUUGAAAGAAAAAGGAUAUAGUUGCUGGAUUAGCAUAUGCCUUGCAGAUUUGAGUCUGCAAAAUUUUCUGGUAAAUACUGUUAAUUUGUGCAAAAAUUCUUCCACUAACAAAAAUCGACUCAUUAAGUCUCAGUUGUGCAGCCUUCUGAAUCCCCAUAUCUACAAUGUGAAAACCUUUCCCCAGAAACACUCCAUUAUGAAGUGGCUCUUCCAGUCAGAAUCAGAAAAAGAGGACAUCAACAUCACUCAACUCUCUGAAUUAAUGAAAGUGCUAAAAAAAACCCAAAGUGUUCUCAUGGAAGAAGAGGCCAAAUCUCAGUCCCCAGAAGUAGUAGAGGAAGCUCAAAGAAAGGCCACUUAUAACGUAAACAUGUCCUUUGGCUGUAUCUUGAAUCACCUGCAAGAAACACGACAGCCAAACAUACAGCUCUUGCUGCUUUCCAUUGCAGUUUGUGUAGGAUAUAAUGUGGUUAAGAAUACUUUUCAGCAUCUUCUGGGGAGUGAGGAAUUAUCUUUCCUGCUGAACGAAAUACAAGCUGCCCAUGAUAAACACCAGGAGCUCCAAAAUAUUUGCAGCUACAGGGCUCAGGCUUUCCUGGUGCUCACAGCAUUGACAGCUACUAUUGGAGUCACAGCUGUUUCUCCAGAGGUGAAAGAACAACGCUUGGCACUGAUUAGAGAGUACAUUGGACAUUCCUUGACUGCAGAAGUUGCCCAUGUCCUUAACAAAUUUGUGACAUAUGAUUGGGAAAACCUGGAAAAAGACCUGAGAUUGCUUAUAAAUGGAGACUGUGAUGCCACCAUGACUUCAGUGAAUAUGGAUGAUGUGAAGAAAGACUUACAGAGUAUCCAUUAUGAAAAGAAGCCAUCCAACGAAACACAUGACACUGAUGAGUACAUGUGUGAGGUCCACAAAAAUAGAACUCUUCUAGAGUUACUCCAGAGUCUAGACCUAAAAGAUAAGUUCCCCAAAAAGAUGACCAGGGCUGACUUCCAUUUGAUCUAUAGGAUUUCCGUACAUAAUAACAAACCCAGCAAUGAAUGGGAACUUCCCUUCCAUUUUUUGCAGAAGUUACUAAUGCUAGAUUAUGGACUGAGAUACCUGGUUUGUGACAAUGGUAAAGAAAUAGAGAGUCAAGUUUCUUCAGGCACAUUAAAUCAGGAUAAUAAGACUUUUGAUCCCUUUGAAGAUGAUUUUGAAGACAAUGAGAAUUCCAUUCCAGUAACCAUUCCCAGACCCAAUAUCCACCCGAUGGACAUUCAGAUGUCAAUUCUUCACUGUGCAGAUGAUUUUGCAAGACAAUAUAUUUUGGGAAAACUUUCCAUUUGUCAGUUUGCCCUCCCCCUUCUUGUGCCCAAUCCCUGCAAUUCUCAGAUUGAAUUUUACCUUUGGUCUCUCAGUCAAAUUAGGAGAAGCUGGCAGCAAAGAAAGAAAUCACCAAAUGAGAAAAACAAUUUCAAUAAUCAGCAGAUUAGCCAAGUUCCUACUUCCAUUAUAUCUUUUAUUAGAGUUGGAAAUGGCCUGUCUGCUUCCAAAUCUCAGAUAAUGAAUUGCCUUCUCAGUCAACGGAAACAUGAUAUCUUUUUUCACCGACAUUGCAAAGGAAGCAGCAAAGACUGUCUCUUGAUGGGGGGUGUGGUAGAAAUCUGCUGGUUCUGUCCUUCAGGGCAAGAAGAAGACAGGUUUGACAGUUGCUUGACCUUUGCCAAUCUUCAUGGAAAUGCAAAAGAAUAUCAACAGCAGCUCACAUUCCUCCAAGAAGUCUCUUCUGUCCUUGUGAUCCUUUUGGUGACUACUGAUGACAAUGAAGAAAAUCGAAAAUGUGUCCGUCACCUGUGUCAGUCAUCAAAGCCUUUCAUCUUGUUAUAUGACGAUAAAGAAAAUAUGACCAAGAUUUCUGGCCAAAGAGUGAAAAUUGGGAUCAAAAAUAGAAAUGAAGCAGAAUUAUCGAAGGAGCUCACAACUGCUAUUAAAAACUUGCUAAAAUACUCUCACUCCACAUGCAGUUUAGAGGACUGUGCCCUUCUUGCUCGUAAACAAGGAUUCCUUAUCGAUGAAGACCAGAGAGACUGCAAGGAAACCAAAGAAAAUGCAGGACUUUUAAUGAGCCAUCUAAAAAAAAUGGAAAUAACUCAGAUGAAGGAAAGCUUAUUACCUCUUCAGGGACAACUGUGGCAUGAUUGGUGCAAAAAAGACAAAGAACUCUAUCAUCUGAGAGAAAAAGGGAAUCGAAGCAUUGAACAACACAAGAGUGAUACAGAGACAGAGAAACAAAAAAUUAGGCAGGAACAAUUGGGGAAGGCCUUUCCACCCAACCAUUUAAUGAAAGAAUUCCUUCAAUUUUUCCAAACAUUUUCAGAAACUAAUAAGAGAUUAUACUUCUUGCAAUGGAUAACUGUGUUUUUGGACAAACUGACUGCACCAUACCUGGAAACCCUUAAUGCAGAGAAAAAGAGCCUGUGGUCACAAGCACAAGCAGAAAAGCAUAAGUCAUCCAAGAGUAAUGACUGGAAAUCGUUAGUAAAUGAUAUCACAGUAAUCUCCAAAAAGAUUAAUGACUGUAGCUUGGGAAUUGAGCAGAUUCUCAGGGAAGUUGGUCAGAUCUAUGAAGUUCUAGAAGAAACUCCCAUCUUGAAAACUACGGAGACAUAUUUACUCUCCCUGCCACAGAUCGCUGCAGAGUUGAUGAUAUCUGGGGUUCCCAUUGAAUUGAUGGAUGGGGAAGCUUCCUACGUGCCUCUAAAGUGGGUGACAGCUGUUUUCAAUAAGGUCAUUGAGAAACUUGGAGACAAAAAGCUGUUUGUUCUCUCUGUCCUAGGAUUACAGAGUUCAGGGAAAUCCACCCUCCUCAAUGCUCUUUUUGGGCUACAGUUCACUGUCAGUGCUGGCAGGUGCACCCAGGGAGCCUACAUGCAACUCCUCAAGGUGGAGGAGACAUUUGCAGAGGAAAUCGGAUUUGACUUUUUACUUGUUGUGGACACAGAAGGACUUCGGGCCCCAGAACUAAGCAACAAAUCCCAAAAUCAUGACAAUGAGUUAGCGACUUUUGUCAUUGGGCUUGCCAACUUGACGCUGAUCAAUAUUUUUGGGGAAAACCCAUCAGAAAUGCAAGAUAUUCUACAAAUAACUGUCCAAGCUUUUCUGAGGAUGAAACAAGUGAAAAUCUCUCCAAGUUGUCUAUUUGUUCAUCAAAAUGUAGGGGAAGUUACAGCCAAAGAUCAAACCAUGGAAGGACGAAGGAGGUUGGAGCAGAGACUGGAUGAAAUGGCAGCCGCAGCAGCUGAACAAGAGCAGUGUUCAGAUAUAACCUGCUUUAGUGAUGUCAUAGAAUUUGAUGUCAGCACUCAAGUCUGCUAUUUUUCACAUCUCUGGGAUGGCAAUCCCCCAAUGGCCCCUCCUAAUCCUCGCUACAGCCACAAUGUUCAGGAACUCAAAUAUCAGAUUCUUGAGAUUGCCAAACAGAAAUCCAGGAGAAGCAUCAUGAAGAUAUCAGCUGUAAAAAUGAGAAUUCAAGAUCUGUGGAAAGCCCUGUUGAGUGAGAACUUUAUUUUCAGCUUCAGGAACACACAAGAGGUUCUGGCUAUGAGCAAACUGGAAACCAUGUAUAACUGCUGGAAUUGGGAUUUAAGGCGUCAUAUACUAGGCUUGCAUGACCAACUCAUGAACCAGAUUCAGAAUGGAAAAUUGCAGACUCUUGGAACAAACAUGCUUGAGAAUCAAGUUUCAGAACAUUAUAACAACAUCAAACAAAAAAUGGAAAAAUAUUUUGAGGAUGAUCCAGACAGUGAAAUUCUGAUUCAGUGGAAAGUAAGCUUUGAAAAUAAGCUAAGACUUCUGAAAGACGCCCUCAUUUCAGAUGUCCAAAAAAAGGUCAAAUUAAUGGCCAGUUUCAAAAGAAAUCAAGAAGAAUUGGAUAGCAAAAAAUCAAGUUAUGAAAAGGAAAUAGUGAAAAAAAGUCAACAGUUGGCCUUAACUGUCAAGGGCCGAGAGUUAAGUAGUGAAGAACUGUAUCAAAUAUUUGAUCAACUUUGGAAAACCUGGAUCUAUGAUGUAACCUCAAAUCAUCAACCUACUAAAGAGCCUGACAUUGAUAAGGAUUCUGAACAUGUCCUUUUCUGUUAUUUCAACAAAGAGAAAAACAUAGUGGACAUAAUUAAGAGUCAUUGUGGAGAAAGUUUUCAAAUCCAAUAUGCCAAGCAUAUCCAAAUGAAGAAGAACCAUUUCAAUUUUACUAAGCUGAAAUUAGAGACCCAAGAUAAAGAAUCCAUAAAUGUGACUACUGAACGCAUAGUCUCAAGAUUUAAUGAAACUCUUGGCAAAGUUCAGAAGCAGCAGCAUGAUUACAAUUCCCAUUAUUUUCAUGAAAUACUUAGAAUAAUAGAUGAGGAGGUUAAAUCUGCAUUCACCCAGGAAAGGUACACAUUUAAAACUGAAUAUAAAAUUGAUUUGGCUUUGAGUUUAUUUAAAAAAGCUUCAAAAACUUUUAAGGAGAUACACAGGGCAUUCAAAGAAGCAAAUGAUCCUGUAAACUAUCUGGAAAGGAAGAAAGAUGAGUUCUUUAUGAGUUUUAAGAUAUCUUGUGAAGGAGCAACCAACAUCAAAACGUCUGUUGAUUUUCUGUGGAGCAAACUCAUUUCUGCUAUCUCUACAACCUUGUGGAGAAGAGUGGUUUGUCAGAUGGUUGGACAAAUUCGAGGAACCUGUCCUGAAUUCAAUGUGAACAGGUCUAACCUGGAGAAACAUAUCCUCAUCUCUCUGGCAGAAGAGGAAAACUUUGAUAGGUACUGGAAAUAUCUAUGUGAUCCACAAUCUUUCUUUAGAAGUUUCAUUGUGAGCCAGGUUCAAAAAUAUUACUCAGGUGAAGGAAGUAAAAAAAUGAAAUCAUUUUUGAAACAAAAUUUAGAUGACAUUAAGGAAAUCAUCCGCUCAGCUAUUCAUGAUUCAACAGAAAUAGCCAAAGAUAGAAGCAGUAAUGAGACUGCAUCAGAGUGGUUGAAUUUGUUCUGUGAUAGUCUAGGAAGUGACUUUGCCUUUCCAAGAAAAGACCUGAUAAGCAUUGAACACCAAGAGGUAAAAGAUCUUGAUUUUCUUAAAGAUGCCAUGAGUGAUGCUUUGGAUCCUACAAUGGAGGACUUAGAACAAAAAUGCUUAAAUACAAAUGAGGAGCAUGUGAUGCUUGAAAUCAGUGACAUUCUUUCUGAACAUCUCUCUGGCUGCUGGGAAAAAUGUCCCUUCUGUGGAACAGUCUGUACAAACACAAUCCAGGCACAUGAUGGAGACCACAGUGCUCCCUUCCACUGUCCAAAGGCUCUAAAUGGGUGGAAAUGGCGUGCAACAGACCACUUUGCCAUUGAUUUCUGUACUACUUCAGUAGCAAGUGACUGUCAAUUUUAUGUGGGAGAUAAAACUUUCCCAUACAAGACCUAUCGACAGGCAGGAGGGGUUUUUGCCACAUGGAGCAUCACUCCAGACUUCUCCACCCAGCUAUACUGGAAAUGGUUUGUCUGUCACUUCAGAUCAAAUCUAGAAGAAAAAUACAAUUUAAAAUUUGAAGGUAGGGGCCAAAUCCCUGACGAAUGGCACAGCAUCACAAAACAGAAUGUGCUUGAUCACUUGAGAAAACAAUAAUACUCAGUAAUCACCCCCCCAAAACGUUUUAAUAUUAUAAUAAAAUGUGCAGUAACCAAGCAACUCUCAAAUAACUCCUCCUUACAAUAUCAAUCUUUAUUAUUUUCAUGCUUCAGUUUAAAAAUCAGAAAAAUAGCAUUUCAAGAGCUUGAUAUUACCUUUCAAAUAACUGUUUUUC